GCAGAAGUUCUGCCUCCUUACAUUCUCUCACAUUCCAAUGACUCCAUGAGACAGAAAUAACCUCCUGCGAAGACAGCUUUUUUGUUCAUUCAACCGUUUUGUAUUAAUCCGGACUGGGAAGAUUUUGGAUUGCACAUUUCGUGUCGUUUUCUCUCUUUUUUCAUUUUUUGUUGCACUGGCCAUUCAAGUACAUUAGCAUUCCGUUAUUUGUAACAUUCCUAUAUUCGGGAUUAUAUAUAUAUUUUUAGGCUUUUUGACGUAUUUAUUUUUACAGCCUUUUGAAAAGUUGUUUUCGUUGUUUUUUGCACAUCGUUUUAUUGUUUCUUGACCAAAGUCCCGGUUCGGUUCGUUUUUUAGUAGUAAAUAUAAUAUAAGAAAGUAUCUAAAAAUGACAGGUGCGACUUCUUUGGACGCAGUGAAGAGAAAGAUCCAGACUUUGCAGCAGCAGGCGGAUGACGCAGAAGAUCGAGCUUUGGUUCUACAGCGAGAGCUGGACAAUGAGCGGGAGCUCCGGGAGAAAGCUGAGGGUGAUGUGGCGGCUCUGAACCGCAGGAUUCAGCUGGUGGAGGAGGAACUGGAUCGAGCUCAGGAGAGGCUGGCAACUGCACUGCAGAAACUGGAAGAGGCGGAGAAAGCAGCAGACGAGAGCGAGAGAGGCAUGAAGGUAAUCGAGAACCGUGCCAUGAAGGAUGAGGAGAAGAUGGAGAUCCAGGAGAUGCAGCUGAAGGAGGCCAAACACAUCGCUGAGGAGGCCGACCGCAAAUACGAAGAGGUGGCCCGUAAACUGGUGAUUCUCGAGGGGGAGCUGGAGCGAGCUGAGGAGAGAGCCGAAGUCGCUGAAUGCAAAGCUAGUGAUUUGGAGGAGGAAUUGAAAAACGUCACCAACAACCUUAAAUCCCUAGAGGCUCAGGCAGAGAAAUACUCAGAAAAAGAAGACAAGUAUGAAGAGGAAAUCAAAGUUCUUAGUGACAAGCUGAAGGAGGCCGAGACCCGUGCAGAGUUUGCAGAGAGGACAGUGGCCAAACUGGAAAAAUCCAUUGAUGACCUGGAAGAAAAAUUAUCUUCUGCAAAAGAAGAAAACCUCGGAAUGCAUCAAGUGCUGGAUCAGACGCUUCAGGAGCUGAACAGCUUAUAAGAGAGAGAUACGAUGAGAGAAAACGACGUCCAUCUGACAACAUUCCACAAAUACUCUCCUUCAUUCCAACUCGCAAGCUAUUGAGCCCUAUUUUUUUUUCUCACCGAAUAGGCAAAUAAUUUAAUUUUGGAUCUGAGGUAUUUCUUUCGCGCUUUUGUCCAAGUUGGCUCGAUAUCGCUACUUCCAAAAACAGCCAAACAACCUAAGGUGCUAUGUCCAAGUUUUUUCACUUAAACAACGUUAUGAGUAGUUUACUAAAUGUGAUACCACAUGGAAAGAUGAAAUGAAUAUGUUAAUGUGCUGAGCAGAAAUUCACUUUAAGUUAAGCUAUUAAUGUAUUCCGGUCAAAUGAAGACGUGAUGGUGAUUUCAUUGGUGUGUUUCUCAUAUGUACAUUAUGAGCUCCAUCUGCUGGCCACAUGAUGGUAUUUUUGUACAUCAUGAGCUCCAUCUGCUGGCCACAUGAUGGUAAUUUUGACAUACCAUGCUAUAUCAAAAGUACAUGAGUAAUUUUGUCCCUGGUGAAAAAACCAGCAUAUGCUGGUAGGUAUGUUUUGAUGCUGGGAUGCUGGUUAGGUAGGUUUUGAUGCUGGUUUAAGCUGGUCCUUUGCUAAUUUAUGCUGGUCCUUAGCUGGUUUAUGCUGGUUCAUGCUGGUCCUUGACCAGCAACAUGACCAGCAAAAACCAGCAAAGGACCAGCUUAAACCAGCAUCAAAACCUACCUAACCAGCAUAUGCUGGGGUUUUUACCAGGGGUGGAACCACCUCAAAAUGGGGACCAAAGAAAGACCAAAGAAAUAUUAGCUCUUUCCUAAAAUUUCUGUGAAUGCGUUGUUGCUUUUUUUCCUGUCAAAUGAGUAUUUCAAAAUGCCUCAAACGUUUCUUUUCCACUUUCUGUGUAAUAAAUUUUUAUAAAAAUC